UCAGGUGACUAAGACAGGGCUACAAGAAGCAGGCAUGUGUGUUCAGGGCUAAGCUUAAGGGAACGCACUGUGUAAUGUACACCACCUGUGUGCUUCCCGGCUGCGGUAUUCCUGUGGCUACGGUCCCUACUACCGGCUCAGCAGAGGUCAUUUGCAUAUUUUGUACCUGUAGGUAAAAGGGGAGUGUGUGUGUGAGAGAGAGAGGGAGAUAGAGGAAGAGAGAUGGUAAAAGCGUAGCUUUUUGUGUGAGUCAUAAGUGCCGGCAGUUAAAACUGUCCAUCUUUAGGCCCCGAGAUGUGCUGAGGGGUGAAAACCAAACAGCUUGGAGGGUUUAUUAAGUGGGCCAGUUGCCAUAGUGACGCUUUGGCAGGAUAUUGCCAGGAUAAGCCGUAAUGGGUCUCCUGACGCAGUUCACUCUGCUCCUGUGGAAGAACUUCACUCUCCGGAAGAGACAAAAGGUGCGGCUGGUGAUUGAAGUGCUAUGGCCUCUGUUCCUCUUUUUCAUACUGGUGUGGGUGCGUUCCAACAAUAAGCCGCUAUACAAAGGCCAAUGCCAUUACCCAAAUAAAGCCAUGCCAUCGGCUGGCGUGCUGCCCUGGCUGCAAGGUAUGAUGUGUAACAUCAACAAUCCCUGUUUGAACUAUCCAACGCCGGGGGAGACACCAGGCCAAGUCAACAACUUCAACAACUCCAUAAUUGCUGGGAUGUUAAUAGAGCUGCAAACCCUCCUGGUGAACAGAUCUAUUCUCAGCAAGGCGCGGUUGCUGGCAGAUGACCUCGACCAGUGGGCUUCUGUCCUGCCACAGACUAACCCUGGCAAUGUGGUCCUGAGGAGUAUUUUGAGAGACAAUGAAACAUUCUCCGCUCAUCUGAAAGGAAAUUUGUCAGUGCCACCAGCAGUGGUCCAAAGCCUCAUGAAUGCAGAGAUUCACUUUAAUCCAAUGAUGGGCAUCCUGAGGCCUGGCAACCUGAGGAGCAUCAUGUGUGAAGGGACGGCUCUGGAUGAGUAUGUCCAAUUUAGCAGCCAAGCUGAAAAGGAGGCUUUUCAGAAUGUCAGCUGCUUGCGCACUCCAGAGCAGCUGAUCAACACCCAGCAAGUACUCCUGCAAAACCUGGAUGCGAGGAAAGUGCUUUCUAAGCUACCUUCAGCACUGGCUCUGAAUCCAGCAGAUGCAGCGAAGCUGAUUGGGAAAACCACUCAAGAUGCUUUACCAGUGAUUGAGGAGAUGGCCAGGUUACAGAACUCCAUGAUCUUUAAGGCUGCUAGUUCACUGGAUUUUCAAAGGGACAUGAUUGGCAGUAUCAAUAUGCUACUGUGUGAAAAGCAGUCUGACUUCAAUUCCACCAAUAUGACCAUCAGUUUCCGCUCACCUAGACAGAUGGCUAACAACAGGUCAAACUUCAUUAUGAGCAACAGUUCUGAUGCUUUUUGUCAGACUCUCGUUGACACCCUGGAGGGCACACCUGGUCUGCGCUAUGUUUGGAGAACCUUCAAGCCAUUACUACAAGGGAAAGUCCUCUAUACACCUGAUACACCUGCUGCUCGCCUCAUGGUGAAAGAGGCAAAUAGCACAUUCAACGCUUUGGGUAUGCUGAAAGAGCUCGCUGAUUUGUGGGAUGAACUAGGGCCACGUGUCCGGGAUUUCCUUCAAAAUAGCUCUCAAGUCAAUUCAGUACGGGCUCUGCUGGCGAAUCCAUUGUUUGCUGCUGUCCUCAACCAGCGUCUCAACGGCACAGGAUGGACUGCCGAGCUGCUUGCCAACUCCCUAUACAACGGGCCUCCAGAAGAUCGUCCACCUGGCAUGCCAUCCUACGACUGGCGGGAUGUUUACAACACCGCUACCCAAACCCUAAAGCUUCUCUCCAACUUCCUUGGUUGUUUAGACCUGAAUAAGUUUGAGGCAGCCCCCACUGAAGGCCAUCUGGUGAGGAAAGCACUGGAGCUUCUGAAGAAUGGUACGUAUUGGGCAAGUGUUGUCUUUGAAAACCUCCAGCCUGGUUCCAGCCGUCCCCCUCCUUAUGUCAAAUACAAAAUUCGCAUGGACAUCGAUGAGGCAGAGCGUAGCAACAAAGUGAAAGAGAGGUCAUGGUCUCCUGGGGCCCGAGACAACUCCUUUAACGACCUGCGCUAUAUAUGGGGAGGCUUCGCCUACCUGCAGGAUAUGAUGGACCAUGGAAUUAUACGAGUGCAAACGUCAAAGACCCAACCCCUUGGCGUAUAUGCCCAGCAAAUGCCAUACCCUUGCUUCGUGGAUGACGUCUUCGUCCAGAGUAUUGGAGGCAUCCUGCCCAUGUUCCUGGUUCUUGCCUUCAUGUACACUGUGUGCAUGACCAUCAAAGGCCUGGUGCUGGAGAAAGAACUGCGGCUCAAGGAAGUGUUGCGUGCUGUGGGCAUUCAAAACAUUGCCCUUUGGUCUGCAAGGUUCACAGAGAACAUUGUUCUGCUCACAAUACCCUGUGGUCUCAUAAGUAUCUUGGUCAAGUAUGGCAAAGUGCUGCAGUACAGCGACCCCUCAGUAAUCUUUGUCUUCCUGCUGGUGUUCUGCCUGGCCACCAUCACUCAGUGCUUCUUCAUUAGCGUCUUCUUCUCUAAGGCCAACUUAGCAGCGGCGUGCGGCGGCCUCAUCUACUUUGUCCUCUACCUGCCGCACAUCCUUUGCUACGCCUGGAGGGACGUCAUGGGUUUCCGGGCCAAGGUUGCAGUUAGCUUAUUGUCAUGCGUGGCCUUUGGCUAUGGCUGCGAGAACUUUUCCAAGUACGAGGAGCAAGGCAUCGGUAUUCAGUGGCACAACAUUAACAAGAGUCCAGAAGAGGGAGACCGCUACACCUUCAUCGUGUCCAUCAUCAUGAUGCUCUUUGAUGCUGCGUUUUACUGGCUGCUCACCUGGUACAUUGAGAAUGUCUUUCCAGGCCAAUACGGCAUCCCUAAGCCAUGGUACUUCCCUUUCACUUCAUCUUAUUGGCGUGGGAAGCCCUCCGUGACUGACGCUGACCCCGACUUGCUGAAGGACUCCACUGUACAUAACGAGUAUCUGGAGAAACCGCCACCCAAUAUGACAGCUGGGGUCUCAGUCCGCAAUCUUGUUAAAAUCUACAAGACUGGAAAGAAGCUUGCUGUGGACGGGCUGAGUGUGGACUUCUACGAGAAUCAAAUCACAUCUUUUCUCGGCCACAAUGGAGCCGGAAAAACAACCACAAUGUCAAUUCUGACAGGACUGUUCCCACCUACAUCAGGAACAGCUCUCAUCAACGGAUAUAACAUCCAGACUGACAUGGACAGCAUCCGAAAGUACUUGGGAAUGUGCCCACAGCACAAUGUCUUAUUCAAUGAGCUGACAGUGGAGGAGCAUAUCUACUUCUACGCCAGGCUGAAAGGACUGAGUCGCGAUGAGGUGAAAAUUGAGAUGGACCAGAUGAUUAAGGAUGUUGGUUUACCCCAUAAGCGAAAGGAUCUUGCUAAGAACCUGUCAGGUGGGAUGCAGAGGAAGCUGUCUGUGGCUAUAGCAUUUGUUGGUGGCUCAAAAAUCGUCAUCUUAGAUGAACCUACAGCAGGAGUGGACCCCUAUGCCCGCAGGGGUAUCUGGGAACUGCUGUUAAAGUACAAACAAGGUCGCACCAUCAUUUUGUCUACACACCACAUGGAUGAGGCAGACAUCUUAGGUGACCGCAUUGCCAUCAUCUCCCACGGCAAGAUGCGUUGCUGUGGCUCCUCACUCUUCCUGAAGAAAUGUUUUGGUAGCGGCUACUACCUCACUCUGGUCCGAGACGGGACUGAAAACAUGACAGCCCAGAGUGACGGCAUCUUACACGGUCAGGCCAAGCAGGGAAAAGAUUGUCCUUCGAGGAGAAGCAGCCUGGAUGAUGGCAUCGGCAGCCAAAGCUGGAGCAACUCUGAACCCUCAGACUUGACAGCUGUGGGUCAUCUUGUGAGGCGCCACGUCCCUGAGGCAGUCUUCUUGGAGAGCAUCGGCCAGGAGAUCACCUACAUACUGCCUUACGGUGGAGCCAGAGAUGGGACCUUUGCCCUGCUCUUCCAAGAGCUCGACCUGGCAAUGGCUGACCUCGGCCUGACGAGCUACGGCAUCUCUGACACCACGCUGGAGGAGAUAUUUCUAAAAGUGGCAGAGGAUACCGGAGUGGAUGCAGAAAUACCAGCAACAAAGGAGCUGUUGGUGAGAGACUGCAAAAGAAGCUCCCGCGAAUCCAAGCGAAACAGCAUUGCCAGCGUCCACAUUAAAACAGUCUCUGGAAUGAAUGAAUUAAAGGAAAAAUUCACACGUAAAGUGGAAGACUUAACAAAGAACGCCAGUGUCAGUGGGAAGGGAUCCACAGUCAUCACCGGAUGGAAGCUGAUCAGGAGGCAGUUCCUGGCACUCUUUAUCAAGCGCUUCCACAACGCCCGAAGGAGCCGCAAGGGACUCAUUGCCCAGGUGGUCCUGCCUGCUGUUUUUGUGUGCAUGUCUCUGAUCUUCUCACUCAUCGUCCCACCGUUCACUGAGUAUCCGAGUCUGGAGCUGCAACCCUGGAUGUACGGUCUGCCUCAAACCACCUUUUACAGCAACGACGGGCCAGAUAAUGCCGAGGUGUCUCAGGUGGUGGAAACCUUGGUGAACAAGCCUGGCUUUGGGACACGCUGCAUGAAUGGAGACCCAAUACCGAAGUUGCCGUGUUCUUCUAGUGGCUCUGAUUGGUUCACUCCAUCCGUGGAUCAGUCCGUCACUGACAUCUUCCUCAACGGGAACUGGAGCAUGUCUAACCCCUCCCCCUCCUGUCAGUGCAGCACUCCGCAACGGACAAUAAUGUUACCUGACUGUCCACUCGGUGCAGGAGGACUCCCUCCGCCUCAGAGGAUCCAGAACACAACAGACACACUGUUGGAUUUAACUGGAAGGAACAUGACGGACUUCUUGGUCAAGACUUUUGAACACUACGGUAAAACAAGGUACGGAGGGAUCUCUGUCGGAGCGGUCAACUCACAAGUCCUUCUGACUGAGGGAGCAAUUGAAGUUGCAUUCAGUGAUCUUAAAGACCUGUUCAGUUCAUUUCAGGAUAAUGUGACUGAUCAGAUCUUCCAGAAGGCUAAGACGCUGCUGAAGAAGCUGGGAACCAGGGACAACGUGAAGGUGUGGUUCUACAACCAGGCCUGGCACGGCAUGGUGUCCUUCAUCAGUGUGGCCAACAACGCCAUCCUGAGGGGAAAUCUGCCGGCAGGACAGGAACCCCGCCAGUACGGCAUCUCUGUGUCCAAUCACCCCCUCAACCUCACCAAGGAGCAGCUCUCGUAUAUUGCCAUGGCCACAACCUCUACUGAUGUGGUGGUGUCCAUCUGCGUUAUCUUUGCCAUGUCCUUCAUCCCUGCCAGCUUUGUCCUCUUCCUCAUCCAAGAGAGGGUGACCAAAGCCAAGCAUCUGCAAUUUGUCAGUGGAGUAAACCCGGCUGUCUACUGGUUGGCCAAUUUUGCCUGGGACAUGUGUAACUACAUCAUCCCAUGUUUGAUUGUGAUUGGGAUCUUCCUCAGCUUUCAGCAAAAAGCCUAUGUUUCACCUGCUAACCUGCCUGCUUUGAUUCUGCUGCUUAUUCUGUAUGGCUGGUCCAUCACCCCCAUGAUGUACCCCGCCUCCUUCAUCUUCAGCGUGCCCAGCACAGCCUACGUGGUGCUGACCUGCAUCAACCUCUUCAUUGGUAUUAACGGCAGCGUGGCCACCUUUGUUAUGGAGCUCUUUGAUGAUGAUAAUGUCUCCCGCAUCAACAACAUAGUGAAGCAGGUGCUGCUGAUAUUCCCACAUUUCUGUCUGGGCAGAGGGCUAAUUGACAUGGCUAAGAACCAGGCAAUGGCCACCCUCUUCAGCGGUUUUGGAGAAGACCGUUUUAAGGACCCACUCAGCUGGGAAAUGGUGGGAAAGAACCUUUUCGCCAUGGUUAUCCAGGGAGUUGUCAUGUUUGCCCUCACAAUUCUCAUCCAGUAUAAGUUCUUCUGCAAACCAAGGCUUAUUUCGGGGAAGUCGUUAUCUGCAGAGGAAGAGGAUAUCGAUGUUGCCCGGGAGCGUAAGCGGGUUUAUGAAGGCAAGGCCCAGAACGACCUUCUGAGGAUCUGUGACCUCACUAAGGUAUACUCUCGGAAGAGCACCCCUGCUGUGGACAGGCUAUGUGUGGGCGUACCUGCUGCAGAGUGCUUUGGUUUGCUCGGAAUCAACGGAGCUGGGAAAACCACCACGUUCAAGAUGCUGACAGGAGACAUCCCAGUCUCCAGUGGAGAGGCCUUCCUAAAUGGAUACAGCAUACGGACAGAAAUGAGAGACGUGCACCAGAACUUGGGCUACUGUCCCCAGUUUGACGCUAUUGAUGACCUGCUGAAUGGGCGAGAGCAUCUGGAGUUUUACGCCAGGUUACGAGGGGUACCAGAAAAAGAGGUCUCCAUGGUGGCUGAGUGGGGGAUCCAGAAGCUGGGGCUGGUCAAAUAUUCCACCAAGUCAGCAGGAACCUACAGCGGUGGGAACAAACGCAAACUUUCUACAGCGAUAGCCCUGAUCGGUUGUCCUCCUGUGAUUUUCCUGGAUGAGCCAACCACGGGGAUGGACCCAAAAGCCCGGCGCUUCCUGUGGGACUGCAUCCUGAGUAUCAUCAAAGAGGGACGCUCAGUCAUUCUCACAUCACACAGUAUGGAGGAGUGUGAAGCACUUUGCACACGCAUGGCCAUCAUGGUAAACGGUCGCUUCAUGUGCUUCGGAAGCAUCCAGCAUCUGAAGAACAGGUUUGGUGAUGGCUACACAGUGAUCGUGAGGGUUGGUGGCUCUCCUCCCGUGUUGACGCCAGUUGAGGACUUCAUGCAGCAGAACUUCCCAGGCAGCGUCCUGAAGGAGAAGCAUCACAACACGCUGCAGUAUCAGCUCCCAUACACACAGGGAGCUUUGGCCAACAUCUUCAGCCAGUUCACCAUCCAUCAGCACAGUCUGGGUGUGGAAGACUACUCUGUGUCUCAGACCACUCUGGAUCAGGUCUUUGUAAACUUUGCAAAGCACCAGCAUGGGGAGAAGGACCUCGAGGCCCAUGACAACCCAGUGGACACUUCAGAUGAGCUGCCAUUCGAGUCUGUUAAGACCUCCCAAGAAGCAGAGAAGGUGUAACACCAAACUUGUCACUUUUGCACAGCCUUGUUUAGAGACCGAGCGUACUAAUGCCUGGAACUGGUCAACAGUGACAUUUUAUUAUUUAUGGUGGCUUCCAUAACUAUUUCUACCCAUGCUUAACCAUCUAUAACAUAACUAAUCCAAAACAUGUUAAACUAUAAAUGUCUUUAACUUAAAAUUAAAUGUUAUUUCUGUCUAAGAACUGUAUUUUCUUAAGUCUAAAAGAAAUAUUUUAUUUUCUCAAAUAGCUAAAAAGGUUGUUUCAGAAAUGUUUAUGUUCAACAACUGACACAAUGCAGUGUGCAACUAACACAGUUUGAUUUUGUUUUGAGUGUACUGCUGACCUUUCUAUACCUCAGGAGGACUGAAUGAUCCUCUGAAAGCAUCAUACAUUGCACUGUAUUUAGGAUAUCUCAGGAAUGAACUUCAAAUUUAAUUAUAUUUCUUUACAUUUACAUCUUCACAAAAUUAAUGAUAUUUUGCAUGGUACAACUAUAUAAAAGAGUAGAUGCGGCCCUGAUGUGUUUCAGUGGGUGAGCAGGUCAAAUAUCGAGCUCCAUACUGAUUAAUAGUUGAAUCACCUAUUGACAUUUAUAGACAUAUCAAAGAAUACUCAGAAGCGACUAAUCUAGGAAUAUUUGUCAACACAAAUCAUAAAAGGCAUUUAUCCAUAGUUGUUUCCAACCUCACACUGUGAUUCGCCGACAGGCGCUUGAUGAUUACCUGUGAUAUUAAAAUUAAUAACAACAACUCUGUCAGAUGUGUUGACUCUGAAUGUCUGAAUGAGCCUCCAGUGAGCUGUAGAUGGUGUUUAAUGAACGACACUGAGGUUUAUGGCAGUGGGACAAUGCAGAGUCAGAGUCAACCAGCUGUCAAACAUGUCUGCAAGAAAGACAGCACGUCCCAUGCGUGCACCAGCCACGACAUUCGAGGCAUUGCUGUCUGUUUGUAUCAUGAAUAUAACCGGAGACAUAUCAGAAAUACCUCUCAACAAUUACUAAUGAAUCUAGAUGAAGGAGAUUUUUUAAUGGACUGCUUGCUGGUAUUGGCGCUGGUGUGUUUGUCUAUGACCUCUAGACAUUUAGUGGCACUAUGAUAGAAUACAGCACUCCGUCUCAUGCACAGAGCUCCAAGGUUAAAGUGAAUAUAUUGUGUCACAAUGUGCCUUUUAAACACCCAUUGACAGCCCUUAUCAAUCAACAUUGACACUGGAUAGCAGCAUGCCUUAUUUCUAAUAACAAAAAUGUAAAGUUUUUAAACUGUAAAAUGGCUUUUCUGUUAAUUACACAACACAGCUGUUUUUUAAUGUUAUAUGUGCAAUUUUGACUCAGGAAUCUGCAGGGAAAGCGUUAUUCAUACUAAAGUCUUGUUAUUUUCCCAAUGCAUUUUGCUUAUGCAGCUUACAUUACUUGGCACUUACUUCAGAAUGUAAAUACUUCUUCAAUUCACCACUCACGGGCGGUCUGGUUUACCUUGAGAGCUUGACAUAAUUUGUAUGCUGUGCUAAGUCCUCACAUUACUAUAAUGCCCGCUGAAUAGAAUAAUGACAAAUAUUUGCACUGAAUAUUGAUUCAUGUCAAGACAGAUUAAUAAACAUUUACACAAAUUGUAA